AAGAAGCUGAGUACAGGCAGGCAGGCAGGCAGUGAGAAAAAUAGACUACAGAGGUUUUCGUUAACCUCUCCUCCCAAUGCUUUUCUUGGCAGUUGUCAGAUCCCUGUGUUCUCAACGGGAACUUACACGUGUUUUCGAUCAACUGAAUCUGAUCGAUCAUGUGGCAGUGAAAUAUUCCGAACUUAGUUCAGCUGAGUUAGAGCCGUCCUUUUUGAGGAAAUGCUGGAUGUGGACUGGAUGGCGAUAUUUGAAAUUUGUGCGGCGAUAUAUCUGCUUCGGGAUCUUAUGGCUUGGACUCACAGACCUGGGGUUCCACUGGCUGUAUGCAGGCUGUUGUGGACUUACGUACCUGCUUCUUGAGAAACCAGUGAUCCGAGAAGUUCAAAACUUCCUGGGCUUCAAAAGGUACAAGACUCUGUAUGUGUUCCACCAUUCAGUUCUGCAAGGAAGAAUGAAUUUGACAAAUGUCUAUGAUUCCCUUUACAACAAUAUCCUAAAGUACAUGUCACACAAAGCCGGAAAGGAAUCUAUCAUUUUCAUUGUGGACGACGUGCAGGACGGCAAAACUGCACAGAACAACAUCAAAGUUGAACAGCCAACUUUAAGCCAAUGUUGCGAAAGUGUUUUUGUCUUCCAGAAAACUGAGGAGAAUAGAUGGAACCAACAGGAAAAUCACAAAUUAAAGAUAUUUCUCCAAACAUACUUCAAUACUGGUGAAUUGACCAGUGUGGAAUAA